AUGAUUGAGGUGGUGCUGAACGAUCGGGUAGGAAAGAAGGUGCGGGUGAAGUGCAACGAGGACGACACCAUCGGAGACCUGAAGAAGCUGGUGGCGGCUCAGACCGGAACCCGAUCUGAUAAGAUCCGAAUCCAGAAGUGGUACACUAUUUACAAGGACCACAUCACUCUCAAGGAUUACGAGAUCCACGACGGCAUGGGGCUCGAACUCUAUUACAACUGAAAUACCUAUUCAUGUACGUCCUUGAGGGUAGUAGAUGCAUAACGCCAUAAUGCGUAUGCUCCUCAGAGGAGAUUGUGCAUCCAUGUAAUUAUGUCAUCUCUCUUUCUUGAUUGUUUUCCCGAAUGACAUAGGUGCAUGUGGAAUUAUCUAUGGUAUGUGUACUCUUCUAUUCCGGAAGAUGAUGAUAAGGAAGGAGGGAAUAGUUGCUAACUUUCAUCUACAAGAUUCAUCAUUCUAUUCUUUUACUUCAAUCCCAGUAUAUGCUUGGGGGGUUCUUAUGCUCUACUAUCUCGGUAUUUUGUAAUUUUGAGUUUUUGACCCCAAGGCAUAACAUGUUUUCGUAAUUUGUCC